ACAACAUCUUAGAUUUGCAGAAGUGUAAAAAUACAGCAUCCUCCAUAGUUUUCCAACAACCCCCUCCUAUUUUCAAGAAACUCACCAAUCACCAUGUCCUGCUUUGCUUACCCGUCAAAUUUUUACUGUGUCCCACAGUAAAAUAUAAUUCCUAGGGUAUAACAGUAAAAUCCCGUAUCAUUGGCACUUGCCCGUAUGCUCAAGAAAUAAAAGACUAAAAAAUUACUGGAAAAAUUCAGACAAAACCUUAAAACCUCUGGCCGGGAGUUUCUCCAUUGCCUCUCCGACUUUUCGAUUUUCAAUGCAAGCUGUUGGACGAAGUACAUUUUCUUUCACAAGUUUUGCAGUGGUUGAUUCUGGGUUAGAUUUUUGUCGUAAGUAUUUCAUACAAGAAAAGUGAUGAUUUUAAUUUGGCACGAUGAAUUUCUCUAAUUUGUCUAGCAAAGUGGGUUUUAGUUAUUCGCUUAAGUUGUUUGAAUCAUGCACACGCAUCCAUCAUAAAACUGCAGCUUUGCUUUGCUCACAUUCGGCAGGCGUUUGAUAUUUUGUUGUUUGUACUUUUUGGAGAUAAUUAACUGAUGUUUUUCUCUAUGUUCUCAACGUUAAUUCGUUGCUUAGUUUGGUAAUCAAAACAGUUCCUGUUUUGUCCAAGGAUGGCUGUGCUGAACUUCUUUUCCUUUUAUUUGCUGAUUGCUUGCAGAAAAGCCCUUUACUUUGCUGGGUUGUUAGGGGCUCAGCCUUGUUUUUGGGAACCUGCCUUCAAUUAUUUUAGGUGGUUUGCUUCAAGUGUUCUUAGUUCAUAUAAAUCCUCCAAGUCUCUGAAUACUCCCCCAUUUGCAGAUUGAUAUGAAAUUGAAUUUAAGUGCUUUAGUCAAAUUGCGCUCCCUAUUUUCAGCCACCCAAAGGUUCAAUCUGUCCUUGUUUAGUGCUUUUGCGAUUGAAACAGUCAUUUUGAACCCUAGAUCCUAUGCUACAGCAGCUUUGCCAGUGGUUGAAACUUAUGGUGAAAAGGUUAAAACUGUUGGUAUUCAAAAGAAACCAUUAGAUCCUGCUGAUGUUUUAAGGAGCUGGGGUUGUAGUGAAAAUGAUGUGUCCACUAUUUUUCUCCGCCGGCCAUCCUUGCGUAAAAUGGAUGUAAACAACCUUCAAUCCAAGCUUCACACACUCAGUGGUUUGGGUAUCUCCUCAUCUGACCUGGCAAAGAUUAUUUAUUGUCGUCCCCGCUUUCUCAAUUGUCGACUCAAUAAAAACUUGGAUGAACGCAUCGAGUAUCUUCAAGCACUGUUUGGUUCUAGGGAAGUUCUGCUCAAGGCUAUACUCCGCAAUCCAUCACUGCUCACGUAUGACCUUCAUAAUAGUAUAAAACCUGUUAUUGCCAGGUUCGAGAAUGUUGGUCUUAGCAGAAAGGACUUGAUCCCUAUGCUCAUCUCUCGGCCCACAUUGAUCCCCCGGUGUGCUCUGAAUGAUGAAAAGAUGGACUACAUACGUCGAACUGGGGUCUCAAAGGUUUCAAGGAUGUAUAAGUAUGUGGUUACUCUCUUUUCCAUCUCUCGUCUUGAGACAAUCCAUGAAAAGAUGGCGAAUUUGGAGAAAUUUGGUUUUUCUGAAGAUGAGAUACUGAAAUUAUUUGGACGCUCUCCUCUUUUAUUAACACUUUCUGUUGAUAAAGUUCAGAGAAACAUGACUUUUAUUUUGGGCACUAUGAAGCUCUCUGCCAGCAGUGUAUUACGUAAUCCAUGUCUCCUGUACUUCAAUUUGGAGACCUUGUUGAGACCACGUUAUCUUCUUGCAGAGAAGAUUGAUGAUAUGGGUCUUGUUCCUCAAGUCAGGGGGCCUUCUAUGGUAAGAGCUUUGAGGAUGACUGAGAAGCGAUUUAUCAAGGCAUUCAUUAGUUGUCACCCGGAGGCUGUGGCCAAGGAAUUGAUGUCAUUCUAUACUAGUGCAAAAGGUAUUAAGAGAUUAGCUGAAUCCUCAAAAAGAAGCGUCCAAAAAGGAUUUCCCUUCUAAGUCUUUUGUCAACUCAGUACUGAUAAAUUCUAGCUUCUUCACUCUUGCCCUGCCCCUAGAUUUUGUCAUUGUUUCAAACCUUAAGUUUAGUUCUUACAAACAGGACAUUCUCUGUAUGAAAGGAGCUUGUCUCAUUUUUGUUACUUUUCUAUACAUAAUGCAUUGAUACUGGAUAUUCCUCGUCAUCAAGAAAGGAACCAUGGGAAAAAUGGGUCAAACAUAUAAGUAUUUACAUUCCCAUCUGGUCAAAAAGCGAGACUUUUCUGCUGCCAUUAGAGUGGUGCACAGAAGCCAGAAGUGCAUGUUCAGUGGUAUGCAGUUGUCAUUGUGCAUUGCCUCUGCUUCUGUUUUUCUUUUUUUUUUUUUUCCUUCCCCUGUAACGUUUUAUUUGACUUUGAAUCUAUGUAUUCUGUGCGUUACUGAACCACUUACAAUCUGCAUGG